ACAUAACCAGUCAUAAACACUUAUUACACCUGGUUGAAGUUGCAUUAUUCGGUUUUACUACAUUUUCUUUCAGGAUAAGUCCAAUUUUUAUUUCAUUUUCAGUAAAUUAUUACAUCAUAUGGUGCUACAUGCUUUCCUGUAUUUACCCAACACAACUUGGAGAAGCCACAAGAUGAAAAUGUAUUCGUAAACGGAUCAUAAAUUAUUGUAAACUGAAACUAUUUUUGACUCACAUUUACAGCUAAUACGUGUUUGCAUAUCACUAUUUUUCAGUGCAUUUUAAAGUGUUCUGUGCGGUUUCUGUCCUCUUCAGGAUCCUCUAACAGAACAUGCUGCCUACGAACAGAUGGCCCUCUUUGCUUCUGCCUGCGCUUUCUCAUGGAGCAAGUGGAAUUCUAAAUGUGGAGCCGAACAUCUGGUCAUGCAGGUGUGCGAGCACCUCGACUCCGCCCCUGUACCUGAGGACUCCUGGAGUCUUUACCUGCUGGGUGCUCAGAGAAGUCAAAAGCUGGAGAUCACAGAGGAGAGUGAAGAUUUUUCUCCAGACCAUCAUCCAAGCAGCGAGUUCCACUCCACCUUCAUCCACAUGUUACAGGACAGCAUGAGCCCUGGUGGUGUAGCUAGAACUAGAGAAUCACACCAUCUGUUUGUGGACACAGUGCAGAGCCUGCUGUGUGCCACCAGACCCCUCAUGUAUUCCUAA